AUGAUUGGUCAACCAGUUGUCUACAAAGAAGUCUGCACCAUUGGUACACAGACAGAUGACAAUGGCUAUAAYGGAUUGGAUGAUGGAGGGAGAGAAGAUGAAAGCAAAGACUUGGAAGAAAUUGAUGCAAUUCUAAUUCUUGAAGAUGCCAACAGUUUUGAUGAAGACAGCAGUGAAGCAACAAUUUAUUCUGUUAGCAAUCAAGACAUCAUUGUCAAUAUAGACAAUGUACUUCAGGAGGGAGAUGAGAAUGACUUUACACAUUUAGAAGAGCUUGGAAACAACAGAAAAAUUGAAGCAAACAAUAACUCUGUUGAUAAUAACGAUAGAGAUUUUAAUGUUGACAGCUUUCUUCAGGAGGGAGAAAGAAAUCACACAAAAAAUUCAGUGGAACUCAAAAGUGAAAACAACAAUGAAACAACAGAAAAAUUAGUUCAAGUGAAUAUGCAAAGACAUAGUAUUUUACCUUCUGGAGAGAAUAACUUACAUCUCAAAAACACAUUGAAAAGAAAGUCUGGUGUGAAUUGUCAUCCAGUAACAAAUGUCAGAGAAAAGGAGUGUUCAUACUGCAGAAAGAAAUUUGCUUUAAAGAAGGAUUUAACACGUCACCUUAGGACUCACACUGGAGAGAGGCCAUUUGAAUGUUCUAACUGCAAAAGGAAAUUUACCCUGAAACAUCACAUGAUAGAUUAUUCACGAAAACCAUUUGAAUUCUCUUACUGCAAAAAGAAAUUUGCACGUAAGGAUAUCUUGACAUAUCACCUGAAAACGCACACCGGAGAGAAGCCCUUCCAAUGYUCUUACUGCAAAAAGAAAUUCAUACGUCAUGCUGAGUUAACACAUCACUUAAAAACACACACAAGUGAAAAGCUCUUUGAAUGCUCUUCUAUGUACUGUGAAAAGAAAUUUUCACGAAAGGAAUCUUUGAAAUUUCAUGUACAAAAUCACACUGAGGAAGCCAUUUGA